CUCCUGUGAGCAGCGUUUCCGGAGCCCCGGGACCUUCCCAGCCCUGGGGCAGCCGGAGAGGCCCCAUCCUGGUUCUGCCACCCUGGCUUUGGAGGGGAAACUGAGGCAGGGAGGUGGCCGGGCUCACAGCCAGCACGGGACAGGGGCAAGUGGGGGCCCACAGGGCUCCCCAGCACCACCAGGGAGCCCCAUCCUGCCCUCCCUGCCUGUUUUGGAUGCACCCAGUCCCCAUCCAUCCCAGGAGGUGAAAUGGGGACACUGGGCAAGGGGACAGCUUGGCCCCACGCUGUGCACACCCCGCAGCAUGGAGAGGGGCCGUGUCUCUGCGCCGGCACCCGAUAGGGGGGUGACAAGGGGCCCUGGGGACUGUCCCCAUCCCACCUCUCUGCGGUGAUGCGGGGCCUCCCUGGGUUUCCAUGGAGACCGGCUGCUUUUCCGCUCUCCCCGUUUUUCCUGCCUUUUCCCAUCUCCUGGAGCCGGAUCUCGGCCCCUCCGAGGGGCUGCGGGAGGAGAUAAGCUCUUCGGGAAGCGGCUGCUCCAGGCCGGGCGCUACAUCAUGUCCCACAAGGCCUGGAUGAAGACGGUGCCCACAGAGAACUGCGACGUGCUCAUGACCUUCCCGGACACCACCGAUGACCACACGCUGCUCUGGCUCCUCAACCACAUCCGCCUCGGCAUCCCUGAGCUCAUCGUGCAGGUCCGGCACCACAAGCACACCCGUGUGUACGCCUUCUUCGUCACUGCCACCUAUGAGAGUUUGCUGCGUGGGGCCGAUGAGAUUGGGCUGCGGAAGCCGGUGAAAGCGGAGUUCGGAGGCGGAAUGCGGAGCUUCUCCUGCGAGGAGGAUUACAUCUAUGAGAACAUCGAGAAUGAGCUUUACUUCUUCACCUCUCAGGAACGGCAAAACAUCAUCAGGUACUGGCUGGAGAACCUGCGCGCCAAGCAGGGCGAGUCGCUGCACAACAUCCACUUCCUCGAGGGGCAGCCCAUCAUCCCGGAGCUGGCGGCCCGCGGCGUCAUCCAGCAGGUCUUCCCGUUGCACGAGCAGAGGAUCCUCAAGCGGCUCAUGAAGUCCUGGGUGCAGGCGGUGUGCGAGGCCCAACCUCUUGAUGAGAUCUGCGACUACUUUGGGGUGAAAAUCGCCAUGUACUUCGCUUGGUUGGGAUUCUACACCUCGGCCAUGGUGUACCCCGCAGUGUUCGGGUCCAUCCUCUACACCUUCACUGAGAACGACCAGUGGGUGCUGUUGUUCCUGCAGACCAGCCAGGACAUCUGCUGCGUGGUCUUUGCCAUCUUCAACGUCAUCUGGGCCACGCUCUUCCUCGAGGAGUGGAAGCGCCGCGGCGCCGAGUUCGCCUACAAAUGGGGGACGUUGGACACCCCGGCUGAGUCCAUUGAGGAGCCGCGGCCACAGUUCAGGGGCAUUAAGAGGAUCAGCCCCGUGACCAGUGCGGAGGAGUUUUACUACCCACCAUGGAAGCGCCUCCUAUUCCAGAGCCUGGUCAGCCUCCCUGUCUGCCUCACCUGCCUCUCCCUCGUCUUCCUCCUCAUGCUGGGCUGCUUCCAGCUCCAGGAGUUCGUGCUGAGCAUCCAAGAGCUGCCCCGCAUCAUCCGAUUCCUCCCCAAGAUCCUCCUGGCCAUCAUCGUCACUGCCUGCGAUGAACUCUACAAGAAGAUCGCAUACUGGCUGAAUGACAUGGAGAACUACCGCCUGCAGAGUGCCUACGAGAAGCAUCUCAUCAUCAAAAUCGUCCUGUUUCAGUUUGUAAAUUCAUACCUGAGUCUUUUCUACAUCGGUUUCUACCUCAAAGACAUGGAGCGGCUGAAGGAGCUCCUGCUCAUCUUCUCUCUGUCCCAAAGCCUCGUGCGUCAGCUCAAAGAGGCUCUCCUCCCCUUCAUCCUCCUCCACUUCCACCUCUCUCUCAUCUUCUUUAAGGGCCUCCUGGGCUUUUGCUGGAGACUGGGAAUAUCCAAAAUGCUGGCCACGCUGCUCAUCACCCGGCAGUUCCUGCAGAACGUCAGGGAGGUCUCACAGCCCCACCUGUACCGGCGUCUGCGCCGCGGGGACCUCAACCUCCGCAGCCUCCGCCAGCUCGCCCAGGCCUUGCUCUGCCUGCUCGUCCCCCGCCGCCAUCCCCCGGCCCCUUCCGAAGGACCCCGGGGCGAGAAGAAGUGUCUGAACGGCGGCUGCGGGGUGCCGGAGGAGGAGGAGGAGGAGGAGGAGCGCCGAGAGUCAGACUCGGAGGAGGAGAGCGCCCUGGACUGUGGGCUCAAGCUCAAGAAGGUGAGCUUCAUUGAGAAGGCGGAGCGGCGCGGCACCGAGCCCGGCGGCGCCGAGGAUGAGAGCUUCCUGGAGGAGGGCAGCCCCACCAUGGUGGAGAAGGGCAUGGACCCCGCGUCCGUGUUCGAGCUGUGCGAGGACGAGGACGAGGCCGAAGGUGCCCCCGGCAGCCCGGUCAAGGCAAUGGAGCCCGCAGUGGUCCCGCGGGCCGGGCGCAGAAGGAGGGUGGCGGAGAGCCAGGAGGAAGACGAGGGUGAGGAGGAAGGAACGAAGCGCAACCGUGCAUCGUGGAUCGACCCGCCAGAGGAGGACUACUCCACGCAGCUGACACAGGCAGAGGUGGAAAGCUGCAUGAAGAAGUAUGAGGACACGUUCCAGGACUACCAGGAGAUGUUCAUCCAGUUCGGGUACGUGGUGCUCUUCUCCUCUGCCUUCCCCCUGGCUGCCAUGUGCGCGCUGGUGAACAACAUCAUCGAGAUCCGGAGCGAUGCCUUCAAGCUGUGCACAGGGCUCCAGCGCCCCUUUGGCCAACGUGUUGAGAGCAUCGGGCAGUGGCAGAAGGUGAUGGAGGCCAUGGGUGUCUUGGCCAUCGUGGUCAACUGCUACCUGAUUGCCCAGUGUGGGCAGCUCCAGCGCCUCUUCCCCUGGCUCAGCCCCGAAGGAGCCAUCAUCUCCGUGGUGGUGCUAGAGCAUUUCGCCCUGUUCCUGAAGUACAUCAUCCAAGUGGCCAUCCCCGAUAUUCCCGCCUGGGUGGCCGAGGAGAUGGCCAAGCUGGAAUACCAGCGCCGUGAGGCCUUCAAGAAGCACGAGCGCCAGGCACAGCACCACUUCCAGCAGCAGCAGCGGCGCAAGCGGGAGGAGGAGGAGCGGCAGCGACACGCUGAGUACCAGGCCCGCAAGGAGCGGGAAUCCAGCCGGGAUGAGGCCAAGCCUGAGGCCACCGGGCAGGACCCGGCCCAUGAGAAGAGCCAGAGCAAAGGGAAAGGCUCUGGGGGCAGCUCGCACAGCGGCUCCGACAAGCCCAAGAGACCCAGCUCCCUCCUGGCCACCAACAACGUGAUGAAGCUGAAGCAGAUCAUCCCUCUGCAGGGCAAGUUCCUCUCCGGGGGGACUGGGGCUGGCAGCACGGCCACCACCAGGUCCCCCCAGUCCCCUACGGGCAGUGAGAACAAACUCCCCGGCUUCCUCAGCUUCAAGUUCCUGAAGUCCCCCGAGACUAAGCGGGACACGGGGACCGAGAAGGUGCAGUCGCCCACCAAGCCAUUCAAUCCCGGCAAGCUCUUCAACUUCGGCAAGUCUGAAGGGGCUGGGGGCAAUGGUGCCGUGGCCACUGCGUCCCCCCAGCCCCGCCCCGGCCCCUCGAUGGACAUGGGUGAGCGGCCAGUGCCCAGCAAGUCCCAUCUCAAUGGGGUGCAGGAGGAAGGGAGCCGUGAGGAGCCGGAAAGCCGGGCGGAGGAGGAGAGCGGGGGCUAUAAACUCUAACUGGAGCUGUGGGGGAGCAGGGAUGAGUGGGAAUGAGCGCUCCCUUCUCCAGGCAGCCGUUGCUGUCGCCACCCUCUCACCUCCCCUCGCCAUCCUGACACCAGGAGCUGUCCCCUCGCUCUGCACUGUUCCCCUGUGCUGCAUCCCCUUGUGUCCCUCCAGCCCCUCCACUGGGACCCGCUGCAUCCUGCACCAGGGACACCCAGCAAAGAGCCGUCGGUGUAAGUGGCAUCUGGCCGUGGCUUUGGAUUCAGAGCAGCCCGACAGGUUCCCCUCCUGUGCCCCACCAGAGAUGCCCCAGUCUGGCUCUGUGCUGUGAGCCCAGAUGUGAGCCUGAAGAGACUCACAGGGAGAUGCUGUGGUCCAGCCCAAGGAGACAAGGAGAACUCAGUGGUGCCAGAUCCACCAGGAUCAGCUCGCCGGGCUCAGCACCAUGUCUCUGAUGGCAGAGGGAUGAGACCAUGGUGGAGAGAGGAGCCCGAUUCACCCGUGCCUAUAGCUCCUGCCAUACAGUCACCGCUCCAUCCUGCUCCUGGCAGCCUCCAUGUGGAUUCCUUCCCAGCACCGGACAUUGUCCUGCCCGAAGACCGGCCGGGAGGGAGGGGGGCGAGCGCCAGCACCCGGAUUCUCAUGCACGGGCAGCAUUUCUUGCACUAAAACCCAAACCAACCCCAA